AAGGACGCCAGGGAGUGGCUAGGCAUCAACACAAGGUCCAGAAACCCCUGGAGCCAGAAGUUAGGACCCCAGGAAGCUGCCGUCCAAGGGCCAGAAGCCCCCAAGCUUUCUGUAAGGAAAGGAUACAAGGCAUCAUCUCCAAGAAGGAGAAGGAAGGACGCCAGGGAGUGGCUAAGCAUAAACACAAGGUGCAGAAGCUCCUGAAGUCAGAAGUUAGGACCCCAGGAAGCUGCCAUCCAAGGGGCAGAAGCCCCCAAGCUUUCAGUUGGUUAUACAAGGACUAAGGAAAGGAUACAAAGCAUCAUCUCCAAGAAGGAGAAGGAAGAAUGCCAGGGAGUGGCUAGGCAUCAACACAAGGUCCAGAAGCUCCUGAAGUCAGAAGUUAGGACCCCAGGAAGCUGCCAUCCAAGGGCCAGAAGCCCCCAAGCUUUCUGUAAGGAAAGGAUACAAAGCAUCAUCUCCAAGAAGGAGAAGGAAGGACGCCAGGGAGUGGCUAUACAAGGGUCUGGAGACCAAGGAGUGGCUCUAUAACGCCCCAAAAGUGGAGGGAAGGAUCCUAGGGAGUGGCUACACAACGUCCAGGAGCCCCAAUUGGAGGGAAGGAGAAGGAGAGCCAUCCCAGGGAGCGAGGAGACAAGGGCCAGGAGGGAACCAAGUCUAGGGAAGGCUCCUACAGCGAGGGGAGGACCCCUAGGCUGUGCCUAGAGCAUCCCUCUGUAUCCGACGGGCAGUCCAGAGAAGCCCUGCAGCUGAGAGGUGGUGUUUUGGGAGGACACCAUCCAAGAGAAGGACAGAAGGAGACAGCUUGGAGGAGAGAAGGACGAGAAGGACACCACAGGGAGGGAGGGGGGGCCUCGUUCUUGCCUCCUUGGAGGGAUCGGACCCAAGAGGAGACAGCCUCCAAGAGGCUCGGACUACCACCGCUUUUGUCGGAAGGGAAGGGAGAGGAAAGCCAUGCCUCUCCUCCCUGGGAGAAUUGGGAGGCGAGAAUGAGAGCAAGAGCUGGAGGAGAUGCAGGUGAAAGAUAGGAUGGUGGCGGGCGACUUGAGCAUGUAUAGCCCAAUCCUGGCCUGCUGGCAGCCGAUCCUCCUCUUGAUGCUGGGUUCCAUCCUCUCAGGCUCCGCCACGGGCUGCCCUCCCCGCUGUGAUUGCUCUGCCCAGGAACGCUCCGUCUUGUGUCACCGGAAGCGGUUGAUGACGGUCCCUGAGGGCAUCCCCACGGAGACCAAGCUCUUGGACUUGGGCAAGAACCGCAUCAAGACUCUCAACCAGGAUGAGUUUGCCAAUUUUCCUCACUUGGAGGAGCUGGAGUUAAAUGAGAACAUUAUCAGUGCCAUCGAGCCGGGGGCUUUCAAUAACCUCUUCAACCUCAGGACUCUGGGUCUCAGGAGCAACCGGCUCAAGCUCAUCCCCCUGGGGGUGUUCACUGGACUCAGCAACCUUACCAAGUUGGACAUUAGCGAGAAUAAAAUUGUGAUUCUUCUGGACUAUAUGUUCCAGGACUUGUACAACCUCAAGUCCUUAGAGGUUGGGGACAAUGACUUGGUCUAUAUCUCCCACCGGGCCUUCAGUGGCCUCAACAGCUUAGAGCAGCUAACCUUGGAAAAAUGCAAUUUGACCACCAUCCCCACAGAAGCACUGUCUCACUUGCACGGCUUGAUUGUGCUACGGUUGCGUCACCUGAACAUCAAUGUCAUCAGGGAUUACUCUUUUAGGAGGCUGUACAGACUCAAAGAGCUGGAGAUCUCACACUGGCCCUACCUAGAUACCAUGACAUCCAACUGCUUGUACGGUCUCAACUUGACAUCCUUGUCCAUCACCAGUUGCAACCUGACUUCCAUCCCUUACAUCUCCUUGAGGCACUUGGUUUAUCUCAGAUUCCUGAAUUUGUCCUAUAACCCCAUUCUCACCAUCGAAGGGUCCAUGCUUCAUGACCUACUCAGGCUUCAGGAGAUACAGCUGGUGGGUGGUCAGCUCACUGUGGUGGAACCAUACGCUUUUCGUGGUCUGAACUAUUUGCGUAUCUUGAAUGUUUCUGGGAACCUCCUGAGCACCUUGGAAGAGUCGGCCUUCCACUCAGUGGGGAACCUGGAAACACUUAUCAUAGACAACAACCCAUUGGCCUGCGACUGUCGACUCCUCUGGAUUUUCCGACGGCGUUGGAGACUAAAUUUCAACAAGCGGCAGCCAACCUGUUCCACCCCUGAAUUUGUCCAGGGGAAAGAGUUCAAGGACUUCUCUGAGGCACUCCUGCCUAAUUACUUCAUCUGCCGCCGGUCUCGGAUACGGGACCGCAAACCCCAACAGAUCUUUGUGGAUGAGGGCCACACGGUGCAGUUCAUCUGCCGUGCGGAUGGAGACCCACCUCCCAACAUCAUGUGGCUCUCUCCCAGGAAGCACCUCAUAUCUACCAAAACCAACGGGCGGCUCACCGUCUUCCCCGAUGGCACUUUGGAGGUACGCUAUGCCCAGAUCCAGGACAACGGCACCUACCUAUGCAUCGCCAGCAAUGCCGGAGGCAACGACACCAUGCUGGCUCACUUGCACGUCCGGAGCUACUCCCCAGACUGGCCCCACCAACCCAAUAAGACCUUUGCUUUCAUCUCUAACCAACCCAAUGAGAGUGACACCAACAGCACGCGUGCCACCGUGCCUUUCCCCUUUGACAUCAAGACCCUCAUCAUUGCCACCACAAUGGGUUUCAUCUCUUUCCUAGGGGUAGUACUCUUCUGCUUGGUGCUCCUCUUUCUCUGGAGUAGGGGCAAAGGCAACACCAAGCACAACAUUGAAAUCGAAUAUGUCCCGCGCAAGUCUGAUGCAGGCAUCAGCUCUGCAGCUGAUGCGCCCCGUAAGUUCAACAUGAAAAUGAUCUGAAGAGAAAAGCAAUUGACUCCAUAGAGAGGAGUGGGUUUUUUUAAAAAAGCAACAACAACAACAUGAACAUUGACAACAAUAAAGAGACACAGUGCAACAAGCAUACCCACCUCUCUCCUCUCCUCCACCCAGUGCCCUGACUCUGGUUCGGUUUCCCACAAUCCCGCAUCACUCUCUUCUCGUCCUCUUUGUGAAAACGUUCUGCUGAUGUCUCCAGAACUUCCCAUGUUUGUAGGACAUCUUCUGGCACGAGUCCGGUGUCAAUCCUAACGGCAAGAGGAAAUUUCAAACAAACAAACAACAAUCAAUAAAAAAAAGUUACGAACUUCCUCUGUAACUUUCGAUUUCAGUAAUUAUGGAUUUUUAUGAAAACUUGAAAUAAUAAAAAAAAACUAUUUCCUAUA